AUGUGCUCACCUUUACACAAGCAGGGUACCACCUCCACCACCAGCGCUGAGAAGUCGGGUUCAAAGGUUGCCGAGGUGGGCGAUGAUUUCCUGGGAGACUUUGUGGUGGGCGAACGUGUCUGGGUAAAUGGAGUGAAGCCAGGUGUGAUCCAGUAUCUUGGGGAGACGCAAUUUGCUCCGGGCCAGUGGGCAGGGGUCGUUCUGGAUGACCCGGUGGGUAAGAAUGACGGCUCUGUCGGUGGAGUACGUUACUUUGAAUGCCAGCCGCUGCAGGGGAUUUUUACGCGACCGUCCAAGCUGACGCGGCAGCCGGUGGCUGAGGGCUCGGGGAGCGACGCCCCCUCCGUGGACUCCCUGACGGCUCAGAACUUGUCACUGCACUCGGGGACGGCCACGCCACCUCUCUCCACUCGCGUCAUCCCCCUGCGGGAGAGCGUCCUGAACAGCGCCAUGAAGACGGGCAACGAGUCUGGAUCUAACCUCUCGGACAGUGGGUCUGUGAAAAAAGGGGAGAAGGACUUACGGCUUGGAGAUCGUGUGCUGGUUGGUGGGACAAAGACAGGAGUUGUGCGCUACGUGGGAGAGACGGAUUUUGCCAAAGGAGAGUGGUGUGGCGUGGAGCUGGAUGAACCCCUAGGGAAGAACGACGGGGCGGUUGCUGGUACAAGGUAUUUUCAGUGCCCUCCCAAGUUUGGCCUCUUUGCUCCCAUCCACAAGGUGAUCCGGAUCGGGUUCCCGUCAACCAGCCCUGCCAAGGCAAAGAAGAGCAAACGAAUGGCCAUGGGAGUGUCUGCCUUAACCCACAGCCCCAGCAGCUCCUCCAUCAGCUCCGUCAGCUCGGUGGCAUCAUCUGUUGGGGGCCGGCCCAGCCGCAGCGGGUUGCUGACAGAGACCUCUUCUCGAUAUGCCCGAAAAAUCUCUGGCACCACAGCUCUCCAGGAGGCACUGAAGGAGAAGCAGCAGCACAUCGAACAGCUACUGGCAGAGCGUGACCUGGAGCGGGCGGAGGUUGCCAAAGCCACCAGCCACAUCUGUGAGGUGGAGAAAGAGAUUGCCAUCAUGAAGGCCCAGCACGAGCAGUACGUCACAGAGGCAGAAGGAAACCUCCAGCGAGUACGAGCCCUGGUGGAUGGGAUGCAGAAGGAGAAGAUUGAGCUGUUGAACCAGCUGGAAGAGGAGAAGAGGAAAGUGGAGGACUUGCAGUUCCGUGUGGAGGAAGAAUCCAUCACGAAGGGGGAUCUGGAGACUCAGACGCAGUUGGAGCAUGCCCGAAUACGGGAGCUCGAGCAGAGCCUGCUGUUUGAGAAGGCACAGGCUGAAAAACUCCUCAGAGAAUUAGAGGACACCAGGCUAACCACGGUAGCAGAGAAGUCCCGAAUCCUGCAGCUGGAGGAGGAGCUGAGCCUCAGGCGCAGCGAGGUGGAUGAGCUUCGGCAGUGCCUCAGGAGCUCUCACCAAGCAGAGACCCCUGAGCAUAACCUUGGCUUGCAGUCAGAGGCUCUUCGUCUGCGAGAUCAAUUGCUGUCUGCCAACAAGGAGCACCAGAAGGAGAGCAGCCAGCUAAAGGAGAAGUAUGAGAAGACAUUAAAGAAGUACCAGCAGGAGAUGGAGAAGUUGAAAGCUGUCAAUGAGAAAUAUUCACAGGAAAUCGUUGACCUAAAGCAUAAAGUUCAGCAAGCCACUAAUGAGAACAUGGGGCUUAUGGACAACUGGAAGUCCAAGUUGGACACGUUGGCUUCUGACCACCAGAAAUCUCUGGAGGACCUCAAAGCCACACUGAACACAGGCCCCGACACCCAGCACAAGGAGAUCGUGGAGCUGAAGGCAGUGGUGGAGAGUAUAAAGAUGGAGCACCAGCUUGAGUUGGAGAACCUGAAAGCAAAGCAUGACAUUGAGACAGCCGUUCAUAUAAAGGAGAAAGAGAGCCUCAAACUGAAGUUGCAGGAAGCUGUGGAUGAAGUGGAAAAAAGCAACAGCAACUGGAAAAUGCAACUGGAAACCAAAAGCAAUCAGCACCUUCUUGAGCUCCAAGAUGUGAAGGACAAGUAUCGAGACGCUGAGCUGAGGGUGCAUGAACUGGAGAAACUUCAUGGUGAAUAUAAAGAUCAGACACAAGCAAUAGCUUUCUUGAAAGAGCAGAUUUCUUUGGCUGAGAAGAAGAUGUUGGACUAUGAAACACUGCAGAAAACAGAAGCCCAGAGCAAACAGGAGAUCCACAGAUUGCAGGAAAAAGUGCUUGUCUUAGAGAACAAGCUGCAGUCCGCGGAGGCCCUGCAUCCUUCUCACCAUGCAAACAUGAUUGAAACUAAUGAUAUUUCAGAAGAGAAGAUAAAGAUGAAGCAGACUAUGGAAGACCUCCAAGACAAGCUGAGUAAAAGAGACAAAGAGGUGUCAUCGCUGGUGUCCCAGACUGAAACUCUAAGGGCCCAAGUAAGUGCUUUGGAAAAUAAAUGCAAAACGGCAGAAAAGAAGGCCGAUUCAGUGUUAAAAGAAAAGAAGCGGCUGGAAGGUGAACUGGAAGCUUUGACCAAGAAAACACACGAUGCUUCAGGGCAACUGGUCCUCAUCAGCCAGGAGCUGCUCAAGAAGGAAAGGAGCCUGAACGAGCUGAGAGCAUUGUUACUGGAGGCGAACCGGCACUCGCCUGGGCCAGAGCGGGACCUAAGCCGGGAAGUGCACAAAGCGGAGUGGCGGCUGAAGGAACAGAAGCUCAAAGAUGACAUCAAGGGGCUGCGAGAGAAACUGGUUGUGCUGGACAAGGAAAAAUCGGUAACGGAUCAGCGGCGAUACUCCCUGAUCGACCCCUCGUCAGAGUCGGAAGUGAUCCGGCUGCAGCACCGGCUCGUCAGCACGGAGGAUGUGCUGCGCAACGCGCUGGAGCAGGGCCACCAGAUGGAGAAGCUUAUGGAAGCGAUGAGGCUCUCCUCCGAGAAAACGCAGACUGUUGGAAAUUCUGGGUCUGCUAACGGGAUUCACCAGCAGGAUAAAUCCCACAAGCAAGAGGAGAAGCUCUGAUAGAGAAGAGGUGAAGAGGAUCUUCACACCAGUAUCAGCUCCUGAGCAG